UGUCAGGGGAUUACCACCAUAGAGAAACCCCCCACUCAUGUUGCUUGAUACUACCAGUUGUUUCAACAUGCCGAUGUAGGUUGAAUCUGGUUUGAAUGCGACCUUUUCAAAAAAGUUCAUUACUUUCGGAACUUUUGGAAAUUUACAAGGGACAGACAUGAAAAUCACUUCAGAAAACGGAGAAACCUCCCUAUACUCUAUUUUCUGAUUCCCUCACACAAUAUAAUAACCAUCAAUGACGAGUUCCGGCGAGAACUAGGAUUAACCAAUGGCAACAAGCCGUAUGCCAAACGACCAAUAGCAGGCAGCGACAGUCUUUUGAAAGACGAAGGCGGUUCCCGUCUUUUCGAGAGGGAAACAAAGCCAAAGUAAUCAAGUUAUCACCAUGUCCCAAAAACAGAUAUACUACUCGGAUAGAUAUAAUGACGAGAAAUAUGAAUACAGACACGUGAUGUUGCCGAAGGAUAUUGCCAAGCGUGUGCCGAAAACUCAUUUAAUGUCUGAGACCGAGUGGAGAAAUUUAGGAGUCCAGCAGAGCCAAGGAUGGGUGCAUUACAUGAUACACCAGCCAGAACCCCACAUCCUGCUGUUUCGCCGCGCCCUGUCCAAAACCAAGUGAGGUGUCUCCAGGUUCCCAAGGAGGUCAGUCCAUUAGAUAACCAGCCCCAUGCCAUCUCAGCAUUGGACAGCUCUCAUUGCCGAGAUCGAAGGAGAAACAAACAUGCUCUGCAUGAGGUGGCAACCAUUUGUUGAACUUUUUUGAGAGCUCCAUAGUGGGGCUGAUCAUCUUGGACCUGGAGAGGAGAGAAAGACUAGCCAGAAUUGAGGAGAGCUGUUUGAAAAAGAUUCUUGACAGGAUCUCUUCUCCUGGAGUGAAAACCUGUAGACUUGAGCCAUCGGUGAGGCUCGAUCUGCGACUAUUAUCUGUCACUGUCACUUAUGUCUGUUUCUCUUCCUAUUCUGUCAGUACAUUCCACUAUAUAUGUGUUUAAAGAACAGUGAUCAAAUUCACCAACUGGGUGAACAAAAAUAGUAGGAAAAGCCCUGUUGAACAAUAUGCCUUUUGUAUAAUGUGCUCUAAAGAAUGGUUUUGAGUUGGUAUGGUCCAUGUCAAAGUGCAUUUGCGUAAAUGUUUGUCUGAAACCAUUUUUAUUUUUAUCGUGACAUGAUGCUGCUGAGUUGAAAUGACACUUGAUGGCAUUUGACAAUAUUUAUCAUGGACAUAAAAGCCAGCUGUGAUUUCCUCCCCCCCCCCAGAGAAACAUUUUACACAUGCCAAAUCUUUGUAGUCUUUAUCGAUAGCAAGAUAAUUGUUAUGGCCUUUCUGACAUAAAAUUAAUAAAAGCAUUUAAUUUGUUAAAGUAAAAAUGCAUAUUAUUUCAUGGCUCAUGAUGAUCCGACUUCGAUGUCGUAGUUGUGAUGGAGUUCCACACCCUGCCAAAAGGUAAUCCCCUGCUCCUUAAUGGCCUGUACAUUAAUUCACUGGAAAAGACAGGUUGGAUAAAGUUGACCUUCUGUAACUCAAUUCUUGUCAUUUUGGUAUAACUGUUUAGUAAUUACUGAUGACCAAAUGGAAAGAGGCACAAUAUAACGUAAGAACUUAAACAAUUUAACGAUACUCAAUGUUUCAGUAAACGCAUUAUUACGUGCACAAACCAAGGCCAACUGUUUCAUUGUCAAUCGUGACACAAAUUUAUUCUCCAGUGUGUCAAUUUAUACUGAGGUUAAGGUGUGUGUGUGAGUCGAAUGUUUCACGUAAAAGAUGCAGACAUUGCAUGUGAAUGCUUUAAUCUACUUCUGUAGGCCCAAUACAGAUGUGGACAGGUAUUUAAUGUUGGCCAUCGCCCUAUCAGACAUCCCAUGGCUGUCUCAUUUCCGAUCUUAAGUGGUUAUAUCCAGGCAUUUUAAAUUGUGCCUACAACCCAGUAUACUUUUCAUGCAUAAAGUUUCACCAUCUGUAUAAUUAAAGUUGUAAUAAAAUAUUUUUUUCUAGGAAAACACAAUUAUCACGGGUUCAUGUUGAAUGGGCAUGUGUAAAAACGUAAUGAGAUAUGCGUUUUAUUCCCCUUCUGCACCUGUGAUAAAGGCCGUUUUCUUUCAGGGGUUUUUCAUUACAUUAAAUCUAGAGCUGUUUUGUCAUGGAAUAUUCAUAGUCU